UUUGUUUGCUAACAUAAUAAACCUCGCCCUCGGAACUUGCCUCCAUUAUGUUGUAUUUUCAUAUCUUUUGGCGAUGAAGCCGCUUCGUCUCUGAGUUCCUUUGCAAUCACCCGGGGGUCGUCGCUGCCCGUAUGGUGCCGCGGGUCUGCGUUACGACGCCGCCACUGGGCUUCUUGCGGUGUGUGUGUGGCCUUGCAAUUCAACUUGUUUACUCCCUCGGUCAUGUUUAUUUCCUGAAGAUGGCGGCCAGGGGGACACAGUAAACUAAAUGACUGUCAGAAACAUCGCCUCCAUUUGUAACAUGGGCACCAAUGCCUCUGCACUGGAGAAAGACAUCGGCCCCGAGCAGUUCCCCAUCAAUGAACAUUACUUUGGUCUGGUCAAUUUUGGCAACACGUGCUACUGCAACUCGGUGCUGCAGGCGCUCUACUUCUGCCGGCCGUUCCGCGAAAACGUGCUGGCCUACAAGGCCCAGCAGAAAAAGAAGGAAAACCUGCUCACGUGCCUGGCCGAUCUCUUCCACUCCAUCGCCACGCAGAAGAAGAAAGUGGGCGUCAUCCCGCCCAAGAAGUUCAUCUCGCGCCUGCGCAAGGAGAACGACCUUUUCGACAACUACAUGCAGCAGGACGCCCACGAGUUCCUCAACUACCUGCUGAACACGGUGGCCGACAUCCUGCAGGAGGAGAAGAAGCAGGAGAAGCAGAACGGCCGGCUGAAGAACAGCGGACCCCCCGCCGACGCCGAGAUGACGACGACGGCGGCGGCGGCGGAGAACAAGACGGAGCCCACCUGGGUGCAUGACAUCUUCCAAGGCACGCUGACCAACGAGACGCGCUGCCUCAACUGUGAGACGGUGAGCAGCAAAGAUGAGGACUUCCUCGACCUUUCGGUGGACGUGGAGCAGAACACGUCCAUAACUCACUGCCUCAGGGAUUUCAGCAACACGGAGACACUGUGCAGCGAGUACAAGUAUUACUGCGAGAUGUGCUGCAGCAAGCAGGAAGCCCAGAAACGGAUGUGCGUGAAGAAGUUGCCCAUGAUCCUGGCGCUGCACCUGAAGAGGUUCAAGUACAUGGAGCAGCUGCACCGCUACACCAAGCUGUCGUACCGCGUGGUCUUCCCCCUGGAGCUGCGCCUCUUCAACACGUCCAGCGACGCCGUCAACCUGGAUCGCAUGUACGACCUGGCGGCCGUGGUGGUCCACUGCGGCAGUGGUCCAAACAGAGGGCAUUACAUCACCAUCGUGAAGAGUCAUGGUUUCUGGCUGCUGUUUGACGAUGACAUCGUGGAGAAAAUCGACGCUCACGCCAUAGAGGAGUUUUACGGACUUACCUCAGACAUCUCCAAGAACUCAGAGUCGGGCUACAUCCUCUUCUACCAGUCCAGGGAGUGACCCCCCCCCCCCACCUCCUCCUUGUCUUCCUUCUCCAUGUGUGACAACACAGCCCCUCUUGAACUUUUUAACUGACUUCGCCUGCAGCUGAGCGCACUUUAUGCAAAGCAAAAUACUCUACAGAAGAUGGUGUAUAAAUUGACCCAUUUUCCUUCCUCUCAAUUCCUAUGCAUUUUUUUUAGGGUUUUAAAGUGAUAUUUUAAUUUUGGAAAACUACCUAAAUAUGGGAUCAGCCGACACGGCACAUGUACAAGACAUUCUGUGGCUGUAGUCUCUUAUUUAUUGAACUUAUUUAUUCCUGACACAUAGCACUAACUGUCAGACACAAGCAACACUGUAGUUUUAUUUUUGUAAUUUUAUUUUAUUUUAUUUUUUUAAAGCGUUUAGUGCAUUGUCCCUCUUCAAGGAGGCCAUCGAAUUUGGGCUUCCAUAGUUUUAUUUAAUUUUUUUCCAUCACUUUUAAAUGUUUCUGUUCAUUUGAACACUGAUUGUUGCUCAUCAAUAAACAAAAUAUUAAACCUC